AUUGCCAGACAUGCGUCGCCGAUAUAGGCGCCGCCGCCACAACGCUGCGGUGACGAGCCGGGCGCGGAUCAACCUGCAAGACUUGCCCUUCAGCUCCGUUGCCCGUCCUGCAUAACUUGCACGCCAACAUCACACACACCGCCGCCGAGAUUCCAAUCGACAUUAAGAGUACAAUAUAAAGACUACAAAAGGCACAGGAACAAAACACACAAUGGGCUCUACGGCCAAGGUCCGCGUCGCGGCGCUCGCCCGCGACACCAACGAGACCAAGAUCCAGCUCGCCCUCAACCUCGACGGCGGCGAGCUGCCCGCCGACACGCACCCCAAGCUCCUCGAGGCGACCGCCGCGCACGCCUCCCAGUCAACCAGCUCGCAGACCAUCUCGGUCAACACGGGCAUCGGCUUCCUCGACCACAUGCUCCACGCGCUGGCCAAGCACGCCGGCUGGAGCAUGGCCCUCAACUGCGAGGGCGACCUGCACAUCGAUGACCACCACACCGCCGAGGACUGCUGCAUCGCCCUCGGCUACGCCUUCAACAAGGCCCUCGGGUCGCUGGCGGGCGUCGCCCGCUUCGGCUACGCCUACGCCCCGCUCGACGAGGCCCUCUCCCGCGCCGUUGUCGACCUCUCCAACCGCCCCUACAGCGUCAUCGACCUGGGCCUCAAGCGCGAGUGGCUCGGCAAGCUGAGCUGCGAGAUGGUGCCCCACUGCCUGCAGAGCUUCGCCCAGGCCGCCCGCGUCACCAUGCACGUCGACUGCAUCCGCGGCGACAACGACCACCACCGCGCCGAGAGCGCCUUCAAGGCCCUCGCCGUGGCCAUCAAGAUGGCGACGGCCCAGGUCAAGGGCAAGGAGGGUGAGGUGCCCAGCACAAAGGGUACGCUGAGCGCGUAGGAGCCGCACCGCGACCUGGUCCCUACUAUGGAAAGGAUGGAUACGACGCGCUUGGAACGUUUGCUUUACCGAUAUCAACGGGGUGAAAGACAGCAAGAGACGGGAGAGGGGUCGGGACAGGAGACAGGUUAGGAGACAGGUCAAGGCCCAGCGGGAAAGCCAGGCAGUGAGUCAGGGCAGGAAACGGAACAAAUACCGGGGCUACAGCGACGGGCAUAACCAACGCUGUAUUUAUAUUCAUAACGCCAGCGCCGCCCACACAUUCCCAGGGCAUUUUAUCAGACCCCAAAGAGACGG